UAUGUUUUGUGUUUGAGUGUUUUCAAGUUGAAGAAUUCCGGUCGUAUAUACGAAAGUGCAUCAUACGCCAUAUCAUAUAGUUCAGCGAUAUAUUUUAUAAUAUAAUUGGAAAAUUAGCUUAAAAUAAAAAUUAUGCCAUUAAUAUUGAAUAAAUUGCAAUUUGCUGCAUCUCUUUUACGAAGUAAUUUUACUCCUAAAGUUAUACCCGUGAAAUUCAUACAUCCUACAUUUAUAAAAUAUGAUAAUGAUAUUAACGAUGAAGCAGUUCCUAUUUCAAAAGAUAGAACUAAAGUUAUUCCUGUAGAAAUAAGCAUGAAAUAUCUAAAAAGUAGUGCUUAUAAGAAAACUUACGGAGAGUAUCCUGUUUGGAAAUAUUAUAGAAGAAAUUUCAAAGCUCAAAUACCUCCCCAAAAAACACGAAAGACUUGCAUUAGAGGCGGUGUAAUUUCUACUGGUAGCCCAUGUCCCAUAUGUAGGGAUGAAUAUCUAAUUCUUGAUUACCGCAAUAUUGAUUUGUUAAAACAAUUUAUUUCUGAACAUAGUGGAGAAAUUUUAAGUUACAAUUAUACUGGUUUAUGUCAAAAGGCUUAUAAAGAUCUAUGUGUAGCAAUAAUGAAAGCGAAAGAAUAUGGUUUACUUCCAUAUGAUGUUCCCUUUAGAUAUUAUGAGUACUCAGAAUGGAAAAAUUAAUGUAUUAAUCUUUAACUUGUAAUUAUAAGAAUUUGCAUUUAAAAAAUAAAACAAGUAAAAUGGAUAAAGAAGAAAUAAAUUGUACGUUUGCAAUAGUAGGUGGAGGUAUAGCAGGAGUAUCCUGUGCUAAAAGUAUAGCCUUUCUUGUU